AUGCCGUGUAUCGACAAAGACAACACUAUAUCAGACAGCAUCAUUUCUCUUCACGAAAGAGACUGGGAUGACGAUUACUGGAGCAAUUCCGGAGGAGCAAGAUGGGCAUUCUUUGCUAUAUUUGUUGUUUUGAUAAUCAUUGUUGUAUUGGGCACGAUAAGAGUCAACAAGAAAAGAGCACAACAUGGAGAACAACCAAUUUAUGGAACUAGAUGGCUAACUCCACCAUCUUAUAGGCAGUCGCAAACUCAAUAUCACCAACCAGAUCAUGUUAGAGACCCAGAUUUACCAAGUGCUUAUGUGCCUACAUAUACAGCUACUGCAAACGAGUUUGACAUGGGUUAUUACGAUUCAAAUGGAAAUUUCCAUCCAAAUCCAAACGCGAAGCUGGCGUUACCUCAUCCUCCACAAACGCAUCAAAGAACAGGAAGUGCAAUUAGCUCACAUACAAAUACAGGUGCAACACCUUUAUCAUCGACUUUGGAUCAUGUCAAUGAAUCUGACAGACCGGCACAUGAAGGUCAUAAUGGUGAUGAUGAUGAUCUUACUGAUAUAAGCAGACCGGCUGGACCACCACCUACAAGAAAUACAAAUACUAGCUUAUCAGGUGUAGUUAGACCUGAGGGACCACCACCUUCAUGGCAUGAAAAUAAUGGUUCACGUGAAGCAAAUGACAACGGUCAUGUUAUUACCACUGCUGGGAUCUCAACCGAUGAUUCAUCAGACGGGCCACUGCCCUCAUCAUCGUCCAAUAAAGGGACAGAAGUGAGUGAAACUACUAUUGAAAAGAAAAGGUAG